AUGGGCGAGCUGCGGGGUCUGGGUGCGUGGGAUGAAGGACUGCUUUUGUUGCAGAGCUCUGAGGAAAGGACGAGCCAGGAGGAGGAUUUCGCGGUGCCUUUUGUUGCUCAGCUGGCACAAGCUGUUAAAUCUUUGUCUGGCGCAGAUGACCUGGACGUGGCAGUGAAAGUAAUUGACAAGAAAAGAGCCAAAAAGGACACCUAUGUCACCAAGAAUCUGCGACGGGAAGGGCAGAUCCAGCAAAUGAUCCGCCACCCAAAUAUUGCUCAGCUGCUGGAUAUACUGGAAACUGAAAACAGCUACUACCUUGUCAUGGAGCUGUGCCCUGGUGGCAACUUGAUGCACAAGAUCUAUGAGAAAAAAAGACUCGAGGAGCAUGAAGCACGCAAAUAUAUCCGGCAGCUUAUCCUGGCAGUUGAACAUCUUCACCGGGCAGGAGUAGUUCACAGAGACUUGAAGAUAGAAAAUCUGUUGCUAGAUGAAGACAACAAUAUCAAGCUUAUUGACUUUGGAUUGAGCAACUGUGCAGGCAUCUUGGGUUAUUCUGAUCCAUUCAGCACCCAGUGUGGGAGCCCAGCAUAUGCAGCCCCUGAACUUCUGGCAAGGAAAAAAUACGGGCCCAAAAUAGACGUUUGGUCCAUUGGGGUGAACAUGUAUGCAAUGUUGACUGGAACAUUACCUUUUACCGUGGAGCCAUUCAGCUUGAGAGCUUUAUACCAGAAAAUGGUGGACAAAGAAAUGAACCCUUUUCCCACCCAGCUCUCUGCAGCGGCCAUAAACUUUCUACGAUCUCUACUAGAGCCAGAUCCUGCAAAGAGACCAAACAUCCAGCAGGCACUUGCAAAUCGAUGGCUUAAUGAGAAUUACCCUGGGAGAGCACCACCUAAUGUCACAUAUCCAAACAGGAUUCACCUUGAGGACCUCAGCCAAAGCGUGCUGCUCCAUAUGACCGAGAAGCUCGGCUACAAGAACAGCGACGUCAUCAACACUGUGCUCUCAAACAGGGCAAGUCACACGCUUGCCAUCUACUUUCUACUUAAUAAGAAGCUGGAGCGCUACUUGGCAAGCCUUAGGAAGUCUGAAGGCCAGGACAAUAUUUGCCACAAGAACCAACUAUACCAGAUAGAAAAAUACAAGGCAAACAAAGACUCCUAUGAGGACAAAAAACUCAAAGAACAAGAAAAGAAAGGGGAGAUUCUUCACCGUCAGCUCCCAAAGAAAACUGAGAAAAGUCCAGUUUCAUAUAGACAGCCUUCUUCCUGUCUUAUCUCACAGAUACAGAACACCAAGGCUCUGCUGAAGGACCGGAAAGUCACCAAGACUGGAGGUCCAGAGAAAGACUCCAGCGGUGGGGUGAGCCCUUUCCACGAACCCCUGGCAACCAAGACGGGCUGCGUCACGUCCAGCUCCCUGGAGUACCUCGAAGUCCAGCAGCCGCCCCCCAGAACCCCUCGGCUCCUCAAGAGACAGGAGUCUCCGCAGCAGGAGCCAGCCCGGAUCGGGGGCCGGGUAAAGGACUCUCCUCUCAUCCUGAAUAUUGUGCACUCCUUCGAGCUGGUUGACAGAGAGGACCAAAUAGACCAGGUUUCCCCCUCUCAUCAGUACAGGAUUUUAGGCUCGCCAAUGAAUUUCCCUUACAAAAGCUCAAGUGAAAGGACACUGUCCCCGCUUUUUCAGCCAGGGAGUACAUCCCCCGUCCACCCCACCCAAGUCUCUUUCACAUAUGAAGAAAAAGCGUAUCCGGCAAAGGAAGAAGCAGUGUCCCCUACUCAGCUGGUUUCCAACAACCCCUUGGGCAGCCCUAACUGUGUUAAAAGCAGAGGCAGAUUCCCCAUGAUGGGGAUCGGACAGAUGCUGCGGAAGAGGAACCAGACGAUGCAGUCGGCGAGCGACAAGCCGCUGGAAGCGAGGAUGCCUCAGCUGCAGCAGAUGAGCCCUACGCAGAUUUCCUUCAAUGCAGCAGAUGCUGUCAGCGGCCAGUGUUAG